AAAAUUUCCCACAGACACAAAACGACGACUAAUAAAGGAAAAUGGCAACAAUGAGAAAUACGAUGAUAAUUAUUGUGUUCCAAAUUAUUCAAUACGCAACAAGUCAACCACUUGCGACAGAUACUGUGAACAGUUUGAUCCCCGAACCGACCCACGAGUCAUCCACCUACGAGUGUCUCUUCAUUGAUCCGAAUCUACCGAUAUGCGAUCCUAAGCUAGUGGAAUCAGAAGAAGAAUUAAGUGACAAGGACACCACCUCUGACAAGGAGACGCAACGCUCGAAAAGAAACGCUGACAUUUCUACGAAGGAUGUCAUCGUUUAUACCGUAGAGGGUUGUUUGCCGUCUAUAAUGCCCGUCUCACUGCCAUCGUGUGAAGGAAUCUCCUUCUCCCGGAUAAUAGAUGUUCAAAGGUUCCGUCCGUUCAUGAUCAAGAAGCUGACAAAACCACCGCUCGUUUUCCCAACAAUUGAUUACCCUCAGUGGUUGCGCAUGGUCAAAAGAAUAAAAAACCGAGCGUCCAAAAUAUAAUG